CUGCGGCGAAACAAAGUCCAGUCCGUGAUGGUGCGCCACUGGUUAUCUCCAUUUCCGUGUUUGUUGGUGUGCGGCCUCGUCGUUGCCGUAGCGCUGCUUCCGACGGUGGCCUUGAGCGGCAUUGACGACGGAUCUGUGUCGGAUCGACGUCGGUUCAGCGAUGAGUUUCAGUUUGGUGUCGGAACGUCAGCCUACCAGAUCGAGGGAGGGUGGGACGAUGACGGGAAAGGGGAAUCGAUCUGGGAUCAUCUGACGCACCACCGGCCGGAAAAGGUGGCGGAUCGGUCGAGCGGGGACGUGGCUUGCGAUAGCUACCACCAGUGGAGGCGUGACGUGCAGAUGGUGAAGGAACUCGGUGUGGAUUACUAUCGGUUCUCGAUCUCCUGGCCUCGCAUUAUGCCGACGGGACUGUGUAAUCAGGUGAACGAGCGGGGACUCGAGUACUACAGCCACCUGAUCGACGAGCUGCGUCUGAACGGCAUCGAACCGAUGGUGACACUCUACCACUGGGAUCUACCCCAGCGGCUGCAGGAGAUGGGCGGCUGGAUGAACCCGGACAUUGUGCACCAUUUUGUGGAGUAUGCACGGAUCGUGUUCAUCUGGCUGGGCGAUCGGGUCCGGUGGUGGACAACGAUCAACGAACCGUGGCACAUUUGCGAACAGUCGUACGGUCGGGACGAGAUGGCCCCGGGCUACGACUUCCCCGGUGUGCCAGCGUACACCUGUGGCCACAACAUUCUGCGGGCGCACGCCGAAGCGUUCCACCUCUACCGGGACGUAUUACAGCUACGCGGCGCUAUCGGAAUUUCGCUCGAUGCUCGGUGGGCCGAACCGGAAACGGAUGCCCCGGAUGAUUUGGAAGCAUCCGAACAGGAGCUACAGUUUCACUUGGGUUGGUUUGCGCAUCCCAUCUUUACGGCGGCCGGUGACUAUCCGGAGCUGAUGCGCUAUCGCGUGGGCAACCUGAGCGCCGCCCAGGGGUUCGCCCGAUCCCGUUUGCCGGUCUUCACGCCGGAGGAAGUGGUGCGCAUCCGUGGGACGUCGGAUUUCUUUGGCCUGAACACCUACACGACGGUGCUGGUGCGUAAGAACGACGAGGGCAACUCGGCACAGUACAGCGUCCCUUCGUUCGAGCAUGACUCCGGCGUGGUGCCGUCCUCCGAUCCUGACUGGCCCGUGGCGGAGGAAACUUCGUGGAUUAAGAUUGUGCCGUUUGGACUGCACAAGCUUCUGAACUGGAUCCGGGAGCGGUACGAUGGUCCUGCGAUCUGGAUUACGGAAAACGGCAUCGGAUCCGGUCCGGGGACGAAAGAUCCGCAACGGGUGAGCUACUUUAACGGGUAUCUCGGGGCGGUGCUUGAUGCUAUCGAGGAUGGGUGUGAUGUCCUUGGGUACGUCGCCUGGAGCCUGAUGGAUAACUUCGAGUGGCGCGAUGGUUACACGCAAAAGUUUGGCUUAUACUACGUGGACUUCAACGACCCCGAGCGCAAGCGGUACGGCAAGAUGUCGUCCAAAGUGUUUGCAAAUAUUGUAAAAACUCGCCAGAUUGAUCCGGAGUACCAGCCGGAACCGGACGUGCUGAUAACCGCCCAGACAGGCAUCGGCGCAACGGUGCUGCCGGAUUUGUUGGUGUUCGUCGGAACCACCCUGUGCGCGACGGUCGCACUGAAGCUAACUCAAGCUUACGGUUAGUCACGCAAUGUGCUGCAAGCGCCGGAGCUUUGAUACGUUGAGCUUUCCGUGUUCCGACGGGGCGACGCGGCGUGUCGGACGUUGGAAAAGGACGUUUCUGGGAUAAAAAGCAGUGGCCACGAUCAUUUACUCAGUUUUGAUAUUAUUGUUUUUAGGGUGUGUGGGUAAGUUUAAAAGUGAGAUUAUUAAAAAAAGGUUUUAAUACUGAAUUGAAUAAAUA